CUUCUCUUCACUAACUAGUUUAUGCAAAAUCUAAUCAGUGGUCUGUCUUUAACAAUAUUUUUUUUUAUGACUAGUUAAUUAAAAGAGCAAAGACUUUACCUAAUGAAAGCAGCAAUAUUAAUUUAAAAAGCAAAGACUUACUCCGCAUCUUUGUUUUUUCCUUCUUCUUCUUCUUCCUUUUGUAUGUUGUCUUUAAGUUCGAAUCAUCUCCCAUAUCUGAUCCUCACCAUUCAUUAACCAAAGCAAAUACACAAGCUUAACAAUGGUACAAUCAAGUGGAAGUAACACAUCUAAAACUCUAAUUUCCACCACCAAAUCCACCUCUAAUACUACCAAAAACCAUGAACUAAUCGAUCUUCUGUCUCCACAGUGUAAAGAUGGAGAGAUUAGGAAAUUGCAGAGAGUGGUGCCAGAUAUGGACGCGGUGGUGAAAGUAUUCUGUGUUCACACAGCGCCAAAUUAUUCACUGCCAUGGCAGAGAAAUAAGCAGUAUAGUUCGUUUAGCAGCGGGUUUGUGAUUGGAGGAAGAAGGGUAUUGACUAAUGCACAUUCUGUUGAGCAUUACACCCAAGUUAAGCUCAAGAAACGCGGCUCUGAUACCAAGUAUUUAGCUACUGUUCUUGCUAUUGGAACUGAAUGUGAUAUUGCUAUGCUAACAGUUGAUGAUGAUGAGUUCUGGCAAGGAGCUUCAGGUAUUGAGUUCGGUGAUUUGCCUGCGUUGCAAGAUUCUAUGACGGUUGUAGGAUACCCAAUCGGAGGAGACACAAUUUCUGUGACAAGUGGUGUAGUUUCAAGAAUUGAGAUUCUAUCUUAUGCCCAUGGUUCCUCAGAGCUUCUAGGCUUGCAGAUAGAUGCUGCAAUAAACUCUGGAAAUUCUGGUGGGCCAACUUUUAAUGAUAAUGGUCAAUGCAUUGGCAUUGCAUUUCAGUCGUUAAAUCAUGACGAUGCUGAGAAUAUAGGGUAUGUGAUACCAACACCAGUCAUCUCCCACUUUAUUCAAGAUUUUGAGAAGAAUGGAGCAUAUACAGGAUUUCCAUUGCUUGGGAUAAAAUGGCAGAAAAUGGAAAAUCCAGAUUUGCGAAUGGCCAUGGGUAUGAAACAUGAUCAGAAGGGUGUUCGGAUCAGAAGAAUUGAUCCCACUACUCCUGAAUCUCAAGUUUUGAAGCCAUCUGACAUUAUUCUUAGCUUUGAUGGUGUAGAUAUUGCCAAUGACGGGACAGUUCCUUUUCGGCAUGGAGAACGGAUAGGUUUUAGUUACCUUGUUUCCAAGAAGUAUACAGGCGAUAAUGCAGCUAUUACAAUUCUCCGCGAUUCUGAGAUUCUGAUUGUUGAUAUCACACUUUCUGUUUAUCAAUACAUCGUUCCAGCACACGUUCAAGGCAGACCACCUUAUUAUAUUGUUUCAGGAUUUGUGUUCAUAGCCGUUUCUGAUCCAUAUCUCCAUUCUGAGUACAGUAAGGAAACAGAAGUUCCUGUCAAGCUUAUGGAGAAAGUUAUGCACUCGAUGCGUCAAUCCCCAGAUGAGGAGAUAGUUGUGGUUUCUCAGGUGCUCGUGGCUGAUAUUAAUAUCGGCUAUGAGGACAUUGCUAAUAUUCAGGUUCUUGGUUUCAAUGGAAAACCUGUGAGGAACCUGAAGAGCUUAGCUAAAAUGGUAGAGUGUUGCACCGAUGAAUAUUUGAAAUUCGAAUUAGAACAUGAACGGAUUGCAGUUCUUCGUACGGAGCCUGCUAAGGCAGCUACUGAAGAUAUUCUUACUACACAUUCCAUACCUUCAGCAAUGUCCGACGAUAUUAAAUCAUUCAUCUCUUAGGUUAUGAAAGAAUUAAUUUAACAGAUUGAAGAAAAGAUAUUGUUCCAAUAGGAAGAUGCAAAAGCGAAAAGAUAACUGUUGCUUAUUUUUUGUAACCUGAGUAUUUUUCAUCAUUACUGCUGUUUAUUGGUAGCAGAGUAUAGUUAGUUGGAUUUUGUUUGGUAUCA